AAUUUAAACCUCGGAGCACAGGGCUGGAGGCAGAGCCAGAGAGAGAGAGGAAGCAGGAGGGUGCAGAGAACAGUGUGGAUAGAAAGAGAAACUUACAAGAGAAAGGAGAAUGGUGAAUCUGCUGCACAGCAUGAAAUACUCCUUCAUGGUGACAACCCUGAGCCUCCUGCCACUGCUGGAUUACAUCAGAGGACAAGAGAGCUGCCAGGCUUUGCCGAAAGAACCCAGGGGGGAUACUGACACCAGCUGCUGUGACAUCGGCCUGACCGAUGGAAGUUUACCAAUACAACUGGAGUCAGCCAACAAAAUCACAAGCAUUCCCUCCACGUGUGAUGAGCUGCAGCAGGAGGACAACGCCUUCUGCAAAUGUGUGAUGGACAAGAUCCACAGCUUCUGGCCUGCCUUCGAGGAGUACCUCACCAGGGAGGAUGUGAAUGAGAGCGUCCUAGACAUAAACAGGGUGAAGGCGCGGGUCCAGAAUGUGAGCACCUCCAUCACCCACGAUCUCACCUUCACGCUCACGCCGAAUGAGGUCCCCAAGGAGCUAGACACAAGUGUGAAGGGGAAUGUGAGCAACAUAAAACUCCCCAGGGGACUAUUUCAGUCCAUUCACAAUGAGACAGACUACGUCAAAGUGGCAGUGCUGGUGCUUGAUGUUGGAAAAGUGGGCCUGUUUAAGGACCCAGACCAGACAGGCACCAUGCUAGACAAUGUCAUGGUCAGUGUGAAAGUGGGAGGCAGGCAAAUAGCUGGACUCAGCGACUGUGUAGAACUCACCUUCUCCCACGGACGACUGCCCCAGAAUGUGUCCGGUCAGUGCGUCUUCUGGGACACCAAGAAAGGCAAGCGUGGAGGAUGGAACACAUCUGGCUGCGUCACCACACUCAGAGACAAGGAGACCGUGUGCUGCUGUGAUCACCUGACCUUCUUCACCCUCUUAAUGAGUCCAUCCCUAGACGUCACAGUCCAGAUGUUAUUAACUAUCGCAAACGUCGGCUGUGGGAUUUCCGUGGUCUUCUCAGCCUUCACCAUCAUCCUGUACUUUGCUCUAAGGUUCGCUUACAAAAAAUUCAAGUCCAAUGACACGGCCAAGAUUCACGUGAACCUCACAAGCAGCCUGCUCCUCCUGAACCUGGCCUAUUUGCUGAACAGAUGGAUCUUCAGCCUGGGCCACCUGGGGCUAUGCAAGGGCAUCGGAGGCUUCACUCACUACUGCCUGCUCUGCUGUUUCACCUGGAUGGCCAUUGAGGCCUUUCAACUCUACCUGUUGGUCAUCAAAGUCACCAACAUCUACAUGCGGCACUACAUGGUGAAGCUGUGCCUCGUUGGCUGGGGCUUCCCUGCUCUCGUGGUCACGAUCACUGGCAGCAUGAACAGCUAUGGAAAAUACACCAUUACGGAUAUGGCCAACCAGCCCACCCUCACCCUGUGCUGGAUAGACUCCGCUCACUUGGUCGUCCAUUACGUCACCAACUGCAGCUACUUCGGCCUGAUCCUCCUCUUCAACACCCUGAUCCUUGUGGUUGUAGCCUGGAAGCUGUUCUGCCUGCAGCAUGCCACAGCAGGGAAGGAGGAGAAAAUAGAGGCCUGGAAGGGAGGCCUCACCGUGCUAGGCCUCUCCUGCCUCCUGGGAGCCACAUGGGGGCUGGCCUUCUUCACCUACGGCGCCAUGUCCGUGCCUGCGGUCUACCUCUUCACUGUCCUGAACUCUCUCCAAGGUCUCUUCAUAUUCAUCUGGUUCACUAUCCUCUACUAUCCAAAGAAAGAUGCAGCCACAUCCACCUCCGGCAGUGGCAAGAAUGUGGAAGUCACCACCGCUUCCCACGGCGAGCGGUAACACCAACUUCUCUUCCGGGCAGAUGGGGCAGGAUCAGAGGAAUUUGCCCAGUCCACGUAGCUUUGUCAAUGAGUGGAGAGGGAUGGGCAGGGGCCUGGCAAGGUGGAGAGCUCCACUCAGGCUUGCUUGGCAAGCACAAUCAUAGACUCAUAGACUUUAAGGUCAGAAGGGACUAUUAUGAUCAUCUAGUCUGACCUCCUGCAAAAAGCAGGCCACAGAAUCCUACCAUCCACUUCUAUAACAAAGCCCUAACCUAUGUCCGAGUUAUUGAAGUCUUCAAAUUGUGGUUUGAAGACCUCAAGCUGCAGAGAAUCCUCCAGCAAGUGACCCGUGCCCCAUGCUUCAGAGGAAGGCGAAAAACCUCCAGGGCCUCUGCCAAUCUGCCCUGGAGGAAAAUUCCUUCCUGACCCCAAAUAUGGCGAUCAGCUAAACCCUGAGCAUGUGGGCAAGACUCACCAGCCAGCACCCAGGAAAGAAUUCUCUGCAGUAACUCAGAUCCCAUCCCAUCUAACAUCUCAUCACAGACCACUGGGCAUACUUACCGCAUCAUGCAGUACGUGAGCCCCUUUCUGUGCUCCUUCCCAUGGGGUCGGGUGGGGAGGGGAGUUUUGUCUAGCAGUCGGAGGAGGGAACUGGAAGCAAGUGGCCUGCAUUCUAUGCCUCAUUCUGAACCUGAUGCACUGCAUGAGGAUCAGAAUAAUACCUACUUUACAGAUGGGUGAACCGUGGCACAGAGAAGUCAAGUUAUUAGACCAAAGCUAGCUAGCUACGGCUCAGUUUACCUCACUGUGAAAU